UGUGCUUAUAGCAAGUGUAGAAGGAAUUAAGUCUCAUUCUGUGUGAAGCAGCCAAAGUUUUUCAGUAUAUGAUAGUUUCCUAUUUUUUACCGGGGGGUAAUCUCCUGAGGAGCGAAUGAAGAAACAAAUCCUACUUUUGUUUACAUUCAGAGGACUAGUAAGCAAAGGGAAAAAGGGGAAAAAGAGAAAAUGGCCAAUUUUAUAUUGAGGAAAGCUGAACCCAAGGAUGUGACCGAUAUCUUACGACUCAUAAAGGAACUUGCCAAAUUUGAGGAAAUGGAGGAGCAGGUCAAGCUGACAGAAAAAGAUCUCCUUGAUGAUGGCUUUGGGGAUCAUCCAUUUUACCACUGCCUGGUUGCUGAAGUGCCUAAAGAACAAAGCGCACAAGGUUACAGUGUUGUAGCCUUUGCAAUGUACUACUUUACCUAUGAUCCUUGGAUUGGGAAACUGCUGUAUUUAGAGGACUUUUACGUCAUGGAAGAUUAUCGAGGUUUUGGUAUUGGCUCCAAGAUCUUGAAAGUGCUCAGUGAGAUUGCUGUUAAGACCCGCUGUAGCAGCAUGCAUUUCAUUGUUGCAGAAAACAACACAAAGUCCAUUGAUUUUUACAAGCGCAGGGGAGCAGCUGACCUUUCCUCUGAGGAGGGCUGGAGACUUUUUGCAAUAGACAAAAAGGACCUAGUGAAAAUGACUGUAAAAUAAAAUGUCACUGUAUUGAUGACCUAUAUAAAUGAUUAUAUAAGAAAACAAUCUUUGAACUUUGAAUGAUUAUAUAAGUUUUUAUUACCAAACUAAUCCAUAAAGCUGUUGUGUUAAGUUAUGUAGGCAUAUUCUGAUUUAUUGUCUCAAAGCAUUUUUUUAAUGUUUAAUUAUUUUAUGACUUAAUAAAAUGAGACUGAUGUCUGCC